CCCCGGAUCAGCGCGAUGCUCACGGACGGCACCGCCGCCCCCCUCGGCGACGAGGAGAUCGACUCGGUCGCUCCCCGCGCGCCGCCCGCCGCCGAGCCGCCCGCCGCGGCUGGGCCCUCCCCGCUAGGGCUGAGGGCCGUGCGCCUCUUCGGGGAGGCCGGGCCCGGCGGUCCCGGAGGCCCCGUCGCGCCCGCGGCCGGUGAGGCCGCCCUCGACUUCAAGCUGGCGGCCGCCGUGCUGCGGAGCGGGGGCGGCGGUGGAGGCUCCGGCAGCGACGAGGACGAGGUGUCCGAGGUUGAAUCAUUUAUUUUGGACCAAGAAGAUCUUGAUAACCCUGUACUUAAAACCACAUCAGAGUUGUUCUUAUCGAGCGCUGCAGAAGGUGCGGACUUGAGAGCUGUGGAUCCAGAAACGCAAGCAAGACUAGAAGCCUUACUGGAGGCAGCAGGAAUUGGUAAAUUGUCCACUGCCGAUGGUAAAGCCUUCGCAGAUCCUGAGGUUCUCCGAAGACUGACAUCCUCUGUCAGCUGUGCACUGGAUGAAGCUGCUGCUGCAUUGACGCGGAUGAGGGCGGAGAACAAUCACAAUGCAGGGCAGGUGGACAAUCGCAGUUUGGCAGAAGCGUGCUCGGAUGGGGAUGUAAAUGCUGUCCGGAAGCUGCUGGAUGAAGGAAGAAGUGUAAAUGAACAUACUGAAGAAGGAGAGAGUCUCCUUUGCUUGGCCUGUUCAGCAGGAUAUUACGAAUUGGCACAAGUGCUACUAGCAAUGCAUGCAAAUGUUGAAGAUCGAGGGAAUAAAGGAGACAUAACUCCCUUAAUGGCAGCUGCCAGCGGAGGCUACGUAGAUAUUGUUAAACUUCUCCUUGUUCAUUGUGCAGAUGUCAAUGCUCAGUCUUCAACAGGGAACACAGCGCUCACUUAUGCUUGUGCUGGGGGCUUUGUUGACAUAGUGAAGGUGCUAUUGAAAGCAGGUGCUAAUAUAGAAGACCAUAAUGAGAAUGGGCAUACCCCCUUAAUGGAAGCAGCCAGUGCAGGUCAUGUUGAGGUUGCAAGAGUAUUGCUGGAAUAUGGUGCAGGAAUCAAUACUCAUUCCAACGAGUUCAAAGAAAGUGCACUUACACUUGCAUGCUACAAAGGCCAUUUAGAUAUGGUUCGUUUUUUGCUUGAAGCCGGAGCUGAUCAAGAACAUAAAACAGAUGAGAUGCACACAGCGUUAAUGGAGGCCUGCAUGGAUGGACAUGUGGAAGUAGCACGGUUACUUUUAGACAGUGGUGCUCAAGUGAAUAUGCCUGCAGAUUCAUUUGAAUCUCCCCUCACCCUGGCUGCUUGUGGUGGACAUGUGGAGUUAGCAGCUCUUCUUAUAGAAAGGGGAGCUAACCUGGAGGAAGUGAAUGAUGAAGGCUAUACUCCUUUAAUGGAAGCUGCACGUGAAGGCCAUGAGGAGAUGGUGGCGUUGUUACUGGCACAAGGGGCAAAUAUAAAUGCGCAGACUGAAGAAACACAAGAGACAGCUCUUACUCUGGCAUGUUGUGGUGGGUUUUCUGAAGUAGCUGACUUCCUCAUUAAGGCAGGAGCUGAUAUAGAACUUGGUUGCUCAACACCUUUGAUGGAAGCUGCUCAAGAGGGUCAUCUUGAACUGGUGAAAUACUUGUUGGCAGCAGGAGCUAAUGUUCAUGCCACCACAGCAACGGGAGAUACAGCAUUGACCUACGCGUGUGAAAAUGGACAUACUGAUGUUGCGGAUGUGUUGCUUCAAGCAGGUGCUGAUUUGGAACAUGAAUCUGAAGGGGGGAGAACCCCACUAAUGAAGGCUGCACGAGCUGGUCAUUUAUGCACUGUGCAAUUCCUUAUUAGCAAAGGUGCCAAUGUCAAUAGGGCUACAGCUAAUAAUGACCACACAGUGGUGUCCCUGGCAUGUGCAGGAGGCCACUUGGCAGUUGUUGAGCUCCUUCUGGCUCAUGGCGCAGAUCCUACUCAUCGACUCAAGGAUGGUUCAACAAUGCUCAUUGAAGCUGCCAAAGGAGGACAUACAAAUGUUGUUUCUUACUUGCUGGAUUACCCAAACAAUGUUUUGCCAGUUCCUUCAGCAGACUUGUCUCAGCUCACACCUCCAUCUCAGGAUCAGACUCAGGUUCCACGUGUUCCGGUGCAUGCGCUUGCUAUGGUUGUACCUCCCCAGGAACCUGACAGAACCCCUCAAGAGAACUCUCCACCUCUUGUGGGAGUGGUGAAAGGUGCAUCCAAGCAGAAGUCAAGUUCCCUGCAGGUAGCAGAUAAGGACCUACUGCCACCUUUUCACCCAUACCAGCCUUUGGAAUGCAUAGUAGAAGAGACUGAAGGCAAGCUGAAUGAACUUGGACAGAGAAUUAGUGCUAUUGAAAAAGCACAACUUAAGUCAUUGGAAUUAAUUCAAGGUGAACCUUUAAAUAAAGAUAAGAUUGAAGAACUUAAAAAGAACAGAGAAGAACAAGUACAGAAGAAGAAGAAAAUAUUGAAGGAGCUACAGAAGGUGGAAAGGCAGUUGCAGAUGAAAACACAACAGCAGUUUACCAAAGAAUAUUUGGAGACCAAAGGUCAGACAGACACACCACUUCCCCUACAGCAGCAAUGCCCACUUACCGGGGUCUUCCCAGAAGUGGAAGCUGAUAAGGGUCUGCCAGAGGAUAACUUUUCAGAGUUACCUCAGGUUGACACAAUCUUGUCAAAAGAUGAUGAGCAACAACAUUCUCCACCACCUGCUGAACAAAUAGAAUUUGUCCCUAUCCAGCCUUUGCCAGCAUCGCAUUGUAAUUUUUCUGGUAAUUUAGGUUAUAAUGGGACAGAGUCUCUUGAACUUCAGAAAGCAAUAGGUAAUCAGCAGAAUGUAGGACAGCAGCAGCCAAUUGCUGGGCAGGGACUGUUAGUUCAAGAACCAGACGGAUUAAUGGUUGCCACUCCAGCACAGACGCUUACCGACACUCUUGAUGACCUAAUAGCAGCUGUGAAUAGCAGAGUGCCCAGCGGCUCCACCAGCUCCUUGCACACUACAGAAUCCCCUACACCUGAGCCCUGCUCACAGGCAUCGAGCAAUGUGGUGUCACAGUCAGUGCUCCCUAUGUAUCCUUCAGUUGACAUCGAUGCACAUACUGAAAGCAAUCAUGACACCGCUCUGACCCUUGCAUGUGCAGGAGGUCACGAAGAACUUGUUUCUGUACUAAUUGCACGUGGUGCCAAUAUUGAACACAGAGAUAAGAAGGGUUUUACGCCUUUGAUUCUUGCUGCAACUGCUGGACAUGUUGGUGUAGUGGAAAUUCUUUUAGACAAAGGUGGGGAUAUAGAAGCACAAUCUGAGCGCACAAAGGAUACUCCGCUUUCACUGGCAUGCUCUGGUGGACGCCAAGAGGUUGUUGAUUUGCUGUUGGCCCGGGGAGCAAACAAAGAGCAUAGGAAUGUGUCUGACUAUACACCAUUAAGCCUCGCUGCAUCUGGUGGAUAUGUCAAUAUCAUCAAGAUUCUUCUCAAUGCUGGGGCAGAAAUUAAUUCAAGGACUGGGAGUAAGCUAGGUAUUUCUCCUCUGAUGUUGGCUGCUAUGAAUGGCCACGUACCUGCCGUGAAGCUGUUGCUCGAUAUGGGUUCUGAUAUUAACGCCCAGAUUGAGACCAAUCGGAACACAGCCCUCACCUUGGCCUGCUUCCAAGGCCGAGCAGAGGUGGUCAGUCUGCUGUUGGACAGGAAGGCCAAUGUUGAGCACAGGGCAAAAACUGGUCUCACGCCGCUGAUGGAAGCUGCUUCAGGAGGAUAUGCAGAGGUUGGGAGGGUUCUCCUUGACAAAGGAGCAGAUGUUAAUGCUCCACCUGUGCCUUCCUCAAGAGAUACCGCUUUAACAAUUGCGGCAGAUAAGGGUCACUACAAGUUCUGUGAGCUGCUGAUUAAUCGAGGAGCGCAUAUUGAUGUUCGUAACAAGAAAGGAAAUACACCUCUUUGGUUGGCAGCUAAUGGUGGUCACUAUGAUGUAGUUCAGUUGCUUGUGCAGGCAGGAGCAGAUGUGGAUGCAGCAGAUAACCGGAAAAUAACACCUCUUAUGUCAGCGUUUCGCAAGGGCCAUGUGAAGGUAGUUCAGUUCCUAGUGAAAGAAGUUAACCAGUUUCCAUCGGACAUUGAAUGCAUGCGAUAUAUAGCGACUAUAACUGACAAGGACCUGUUGAAAAAGUGUCACCAGUGUGUGGAAACAAUUGUGAAAGCUAAAGACCAGCAAGCUGCAGAGGCAAAUAAGAAUGCAACUAUAUUGCUGAAGGAGCUAGACCUGGAAAAAUCAAGAGAGGAAAGCAGAAAACAAGCCCUUGCAGCUAAGAGGGAGAAAAGAAAGGAAAAGAGAAAGAAGAAGAAAGAGGAACAAAAAAGGAAACAAGAAGAAGAUGAAGAAAAUAAGCCUAAAGAAAUUCUAGAACUACACGAAGAUGAUGAUGAAGAAGAAAAUGAUGAUGAAGCGGAGCAAGAAGUUCCUAUAGAGCCUCCUAGCGCAACGACUACCACUACAAUUGGGAUUUCUGCAACUUCAGCUACUUUCACCAAUGCCUUUGGGAAGAAGAGAGCUAAUGUGGUGACUACUCCCAGCACAAAUAGAAAAAAUAAGAAAAAUAAAACAAAAGAGACUCCUCAGAAUAUGCAGAUAAUUUUGCCAGAUCAGCAUAUAUCUUUAGCACAGCAAAAAGCAGAUAAGAAUAAAAUAAAUGGAGAGCCAAGAGGUGGUGGUGCAAGUGGAAAUAGCGAUUCAGAUAAUUUGGAUAGCACAGACUGCAAUAGUGAAAGUAGCAGUGGAGGUAAAAGUCAGGAGCUGAACUUCACAAUGGAUACAAAUUCCUCUGAGCGGCGCUAUGCCUCAUUGCUUAUCCCUUCUCAGGAAGAAAAAACGAGCACUUCAGCUUCAAAAACACCAACAAGGAGGGAAGAGGCUGAUGACUCUGAGCAUUUCACCUGCCAGGUUGAUGGCCAGUUUGAUUUAACCUUGUCAAGCCAGAGACUUGAUGGUGAAGGUAAUUCAAAUUCUUUGUCAACUGCUUACAAGCCUGUUUCCCUGCCUCUGACCUCUCCAAAUGUAAAGCUGAAUCUGACCAGUCCGAAAAGAGGCCAGAAAAGAGAAGAAGGCUGGAAAGAAGUGGUUAGAAGGCAAGUAGGCAGAGUUUUGAAAGACCCUCCCCCUAGCAACACUCUGCAGCCAACACCAAUUGAACAAUUUCAGCUGCAGAGAGGAGGGCGCUGCUGUUCAGGAGCAAAAAGGUCAAAGAAAUUAUCUGUCCCAGCUUCUGUCGUGUCUAGAAUAAUGGGAAGAGGUGGGUGCAACAUCACAGCAAUUCAAGAUGUCACUGGUGCCCAUAUUGAUGUUGAUAAACAAAAAGAUAAGAAUGGAGAAAGAAUGAUCACUAUAAGGGGUGGUAUGGAGUCAACGCGAUACGCAGUGCAACUCAUCAAUGCCCUUAUUCAAGAUCCUGCCAAGGAACUGGAAGACUUGAUUCCUAAAACUCAUAUAAGAACACCUGCUUCGAGUAACAAAUCAAUCCAUGCAAACUUCUCAUCUGGAGUUAGUACAGCAUCUGCUCCAAACAAAAACUCCUUUCCUCUUGGAGCACCACCUCUUGUCACAUCGCAGUCAUCGACUCUAUCUACUUUCCAGCCUACUAACAAACUAAACAAGAAUGUCCCAGCAAAUGUGCGCUCAUCUUUUCCAGUAUCUCUUCCUCUAGCUUAUUCUCAUCCUCAUUUUGCCUUGCUGGCUGCCCAAACUAUGCAACAGAUCCGGCACCCUCGCUUACCUAUGGCCCAAUUUGGAGGAACUUUUUCACCUUCACCAAACACUUGGGGACCAUUCCCAGUGAGACCAGUUAACUCUGGCAGCACAAAUAGCUCUCCAAAGCAUAAUAGUUCAAGUCGUGUAGGUAGUCAGAAUGGAAAUAUUUUACAGACAGAGUCUCCCGGAUUAGCUACUUCUAGUUGUCCCAUUACUGUCUCUUCAGUAGUUGCUUCCACCCAGCCGCUAUGUGCAACAAGUAAUCGGACUCCCUCUUCAGUCAGAAAGCAGUUGUUUGCCUGUGUUCCGAAGACAAGUGCUGCAGCAACAGCAAUCUCAACUGUGACAAACACGUGUAGCACUCUGCCUUCAGUUUCCUCUGUGCCCCCAAACAAUGGGCAAGUUUCUGCAGCAUUUCUGCCCUCUUCUGCUCCACAAACGCAGCAUUCUGCACUUAAAGCAGACUCUUUCUCAGCUGUCUCAGCGCCCAAAGAGAAAGUGUCAACACCAGACCAGCCUGUUGGAAAUACAUGCACACCAUCUUCUGUUGCAGGUAGUUCCAGUAUGUCAACUAGCAGCAAUUCAGGAGUCACUGAAGCUCACCCAUCUAGCAGCCCUGCACCUCUAACGAACACCCAAGAUGAAAUACUAACAGCCAGCAUGUCAGAAAUGAGCCCUUCUAUGUCGAUGCCUAUUUCUUCCAGCUCAGAAACCGCUCCUUUAAGCUUAGCAUCACCCAGGUCGGUUGUUGCAGAUAAUCAGGACAACAGUAACUUACCUCAAGUAGCUGUACCAGCACCUCGAGUUACUCACAGGAUGCAGUCCAGAGGUUCUUUCUAUUCAGUGGUACCAAAUGCAAACCUUCAUCAAGAUCCUCAGUCUAUUUUUGUUACAAAUCAAGUUCCCUUAACACCUUCUCAAGGUCCACCUGCUGCGGUGCAGCUUUCGUCAGCCAUGAACGUUAUGAACGGUUCUCAGAUGCACAUUAACCCAGCAAAUAAGUCAUUGGCUCCUACCUUUGGGCCAGCAACUCUCUUCAAUCACUUCAGUAGUCUUUUUGAUAGUAACCAGGUGCCCUCUAACCAAGGAUGGGGAGACUGUCCGCUUUCCACCCGAGCAGCAGCUGACCCAUCUUUCACUGUUCAGUCCACCUUUCUGAAUAACUCUGUGCUAGGACAUGUGGAGAAUGUGCAUCCUGAUAACUCAAAGGCUCCUGGUUUCAGGCCACCUUCGCAACGGGUUUCUACAAGUCCUGUAGGCUUACCCUCUCUAGAUCCAUCCAACAGCUCUACAACUUCUUCUUCAGGUCCUUUGACAGGCUUUUCAGCAAACAUGCAAGGAGCACGGGUUUACCUUCAAGGGCCAGCGCCUGUUGGGACUCCCAGCUUUAACAGACAGCAUUUUUCACCACAUCCUUGGACAAGCGCAACAAAUUCAUGUAGGAACUUCAUGGCAGGUGAAUCUCCUAUUCCAUCAGUUUCCUCAGGAUCAUCUUCACCCCUUUCAGCUGCUUCUGCACCUUCUAACUUGAGCCAGCCAAAAACGGGUAACACAAAUCAAGAUCGAAAGGUACCCCCCCCUAUUGGGACAGAAAGACUUGCUAGAAUUCGACAGGGAGGAUCUGUCACUCCUACGCCCUUAGGAACCAACUUCACAGCUCCAGUUGGUCAUAGUGGCAUUUGGUCAUUUGGAGUUAACAGCAUAUCUGAAGGCUUGUCAGGUUGGUCUCAGCCUGUAAUGGGGAACCAUCCAAUGCAUCAGCAGUUGUCAGACCCGGGCACGUUUUCUCAGCAUCAGCCAAUGGAGAGAGAUGAUUCUGGAAUAGUGGCUCCCUCAAACAUUUUCCAUCAACCUAUGCCAAACAGUUUUGUGGAUUUUUCUAAAGGCCUACCAAUUUCCAUGUACGGAGGCACUCUCAUACCCUCACACCCUCAGCUAGCGGAUGGCCCGGGAGGCCCUCUCUUUAAUGGGCUUCAUACGCCAGAUCCAGCCUGGAAUCCCAUGAUCAAAGUUGUCCAGAAUUCAACAGAAUGUACUGAUGCUCAGCAGAUUUGGCCUGGCACCUGGGCACCUCACAUUGGAAACAUGCAUCUCAAGUACCCACAUCAUCUACAACCGCAAGUUCCUGCUGGAGUGCAAGAAUUCGCCCGGGGCCAGGACCCUUCCCUGCUGCCUGCCCCAGAUCCCCGGUGUCACCUCCCUGGCCCAGUCCAGCCUCGUCAAGCUGGAGGAGCACAAGGAGCAGAAUGAGAGUGAAGAGGCCAUGCCAGGUGAGCAGCCCAGAUCAAGACCAGUGUGACAUGGACAUCUGAGUUUCCAGCUUCAUGUCUCCAGGCUGUGGCUGGGCCUGUUCCUGGGCCUUGUGGAGGUGCUGGCACCGUGACCAGCUGGCUGCAGCCCUCUCUGAUGCUGGGGAUGAAUGUGUGACACCUCAGGCUCUAGCACAACUAGCUGGUGCAACUGCCUAGGAGCUCAUGCUUGAUUAAUAAACACCAUGAAACCCCA